GAAGCGAUUAGCUAGGGGGGUAACUCAGCCCGGCACAACACCUGUAGCUUGACGCUUGUAGCUAGCUCGUAGCUCCGGGUGAAUCAGCGGUAAACCGAACUAAAAGCGCCAGUUAGGACGCCCAGUUUGGGAUUUUGUUUCCGGGAAGCGACUUUUCCCGGUGUUACCUGAACAAGCAGGAGCGCCAUGACGGUCCGCUUCAAGAGUCAGAGCGAGUACCAGAAGAGCUACGGUGUCCCUCGCUCCAGAAGCGUGUCGCCUCAGCGCUGCCGCCCGCUGGCCGGAUUCCGCCCUGAUCAGAACCGCAUCAGCAGACCUCUGGGUCUCCAACCACUGAAGAGACCCGGUCCGGCCGAGUCCGGUGACUUCCUGCCUGGUUCUCCAGCAGCUCCAGUUUGCAGAACAGCACCCUCUACUGGCAGGAAAGAUUCUCCAGUUUCUAAAUCACCAAAUGUUUCUGGAUCGGAACCAGAACCUGGAUCCAGACCAGUAGCUGAUGGAACAUCCGUGAAGCUCCGCCCCUUUGAGCCCGGCGGACCUGCAGAACCGGAGCAGCAGCCAGGAAACCAGGUCGGCAAGGCGUGGGGUCAGAGGUCAGAGUACCACAGGCAGUUUGGCUGGAAGAAGCCUGUAACUGCAGCGUCGCCAUUACUGACAGCAGAGCAGGUGUUGCACUCCAGCAGCAGGUCCAUCCCGCCCUUUAAGAAGAACCCCGUUCCCAUGGAAACGGAGUACCGCCGGAGCUUCCAGGGUCUGGCCCCGCCUUCCAGUCUACGCCUUCGGAGAAAUCUGGGACAUCCGGUGUUUCACACAUACAGAACUCACAGAAGGAAAAGUUUGGAUGGACAGAAUAACAAACUUCCUGUCAAACAGGAAACCACUCAGGGCGACGGUGGGUCCCGGUUGCCCCUGACGACGGCCCUUCCGCCUGCUCAGGUGCGGAGGAGACACAGGAUGUUGACUGAGUAUCAGUCCAGCUUUCGUUCUCCUCUCUGCAGGAACCUAAAAGGGGGCGGAGCCACGGACGACUUCACCGAGCAGGUGAAGGAGCGCAGGCAGCAGGCCCAGGCGUACCGACGCAGAGCCUGGGGAACCAACUUCUCCAGGGACCAUCUGAGCCAGCUGCUGUCCGAACACAACGCUCUGUGGGAGCCCACCGACUCCCACUCAGACCCCUUCACCCCACCACCCAACCGUGACCUUUCACCUGAGCCGGACAGCCGCAGCGCUUCCUGCAUAGAAGCCCUGGACCUGGCCAGUAUGUCCAGUAGGAGGUCGUCGGUCAGUGGAGGAAAAACUCAGAGAAACGCUGGGAGGGAAACGCCUCCAGGACCCGGAGCUGAACGCCACGCAGCCUGGGCAGAAGAAGAAGAAGAGACAGAGGAAGAGGAGGGAAGGUUACCGACUCCCAGACUGAAAACGAGGCCGGUUCAGAGGACCCACCACGACCUGACCACACCUGCCACAGGGGGAGCUAUACUUGUUGGAAAGCCGACCAACAGGGAUGAUUCUUCUCCUAUCAAACAAAAACCGAAAUUCGCUUCACCAGAAUUUGGGUCAGAGGUCAGCGUCAACAAGCCGGUCAAACUGAAGGAGGCGUGGCCAGAGAACACCCCCAUGUCUUUAAACCCCCCUCCUACCAACAAACAGACCCCCAGCCCUCAGCCUCAACCAAUCAGGACGAAGCAGGCGCCUCCUUCUCCAGUAGCCCCGCCCCCUCUGGGUUCCCCGCCGCAGCAUGGGAUCCAGGGAAUGCUGAGACACCCGGACUUCCAGCAUAACGGUGAUUUGGGUUUGAGGUUCAGGGAGCUGCCAUGUUCCAGAGGAGGCUGCGGUUCUGAUGAAGACGACCGACUGUCAGUGAUGUCAUGGCGCUCGGCGGCUUCGUGCUCGGCAGCGUCCGCCGUCCUGGAGCGCGCUCAGAAGAGACGGGAAGACUUCUGGGGAAAGAGAUGACGCCGUAAACUCAAACGUUGUAGACAGUAGAGAUCUUUAUUUUUUGUAGCAGACGUAAAUUAUUUUUAACAGAAUUGUUUUUAUCUUAAGUGAACAUGAUAAGUUUUAAAGCAGAAGCCAGCAGGACUUCUCUUGUUUUUACACCCGAGGUGUUUAGUUUGUGUAAAACUGCUCCCUGUCCUGGUGCGACUCGGUUGCAGGAACCGGACCAAAGCAAACUGGAGCGGUUUGUUUGUAGUGAGAAUGUAAUCCAGAGUUUGGUAGUAACUGCACUGCAAAAGCACAAAACAUUACCAAGUAGUUUUUGUCUAAUUUCUAGUGCAAAUAUCUUAGUACACCUGGGA